UUCUGUUGUUUUUUUUAGGGAAAUGCCAUAUUCUAGGUAAGUUCGAUCUGCUGUUUCACAAACUUCAACAGAUUGGUUGUUGUUGUGUUUACACCUGGCUAGCGUGAGAAAUCCCUCCCAUCUCUGCUUCUUCCCUCCAGGGUAUUUCUGCCGCAUAAAUGUUAUGGAGCAUGUCGCAAAGCACCAACCGGACCGGAAGAUCAUAGGCCUGUCCAUGGUGACUGUGUGUCAUCAGGCUGAGCUGAAACACGUAUUCUACUUGUGCCAUCUGUGUGAGGAGAGCUGCACACAGAAACAGAUAAUGGGCCACCUCUACUCUCCCGCUCACCUCAUCAACUACUAUACUUGCACAGACCCUGAUGUGCUGAGUUUCUCGUGGUUUCCGGGCCCGAGUAUGUUCCAAGAUGUGCAGCCCGUAGCCAGGCGGGAUGUAAAGAAGAAUGGCAAUGGGGUCUUACAGGUUCUGGAUUUGCCUAAAGACCUGUUCUGUGUCAUCAGGGGAGCCUCUUACGCUGCAGCGAUGUAUACACUUGAGGAAAAUGAGAAGCUUGCAUCGCAGCUCAAGGAGGGCAAACCAAAGCGGAUAUCGGUGCAGAGCUACGUGGCCUUCCCACGCAGAAAGCACGCCCUCCUGGGUCUCCAGCACCUGGUGGAAUGCGUCUGUGACGGGGAGAGUGGUAAGAGGUUCCACCUGUGCACGCUCUGCCAGAUCACACUGCGCGGACACGCCGUCAUCAGCCAUGUCAUCAGCUUCGACCACGUCUAUCGCUACAUUAAUGCAUGGCACCCCUCAACCCUGAGAUCCAAGCAAUGCUACACGGAGUGCAACGCCCUCUUCAAAACCAGCAUAUUGCAUUAUGCACGGCAAGCGGAGGAAAGGAGUGGGACCAACAACAGCAUCAAGCAAUUGACAGUGACGACCGAAGUGCUUAAUUUGUUGGAGGCAUCCUAUUCAAAAGCCUUGGCCACACUGGAACCCAUCAGUAUGGAGUGCAAUGGGAGAAGCUUGAUCACUAGCAUACAACCUGGAGAUCCCCUUGCAGUUGAAGAUAAAGACCAAAAAGAACAUCCCGCUAAUCCAUCUUUAAAACUACGAUGCCAGAACUGCAAGUCCGAUGACCUUAUGUCCAACUACACCAAACAUUUGAACCAUUGGACCCAUGCUUCUGAACAGAGGAGUAUAUUUGGUUCAGCAGUUGAAGAUAAACACCAAAAAGCAGGAAUCCCUUACUUGAAGCUGUUUGGUUUAAUGAGAUGUCGGUCGGAAGAACCCAUCAUAGGUCUUCCCUUCAUUGUGGUCUGCAUCUGUUCCAAGGUGAAAAGGCCAGCAGGUUACCUAUGCUUUGCCUGUUCGGAGUACUUCUCGGAAACAGAAGUCUUGACGCACAUGAGUUCUCAAAGGCAUGCCUUGUUUACAGUGCUGCAGCAGAGGGUGCCGUUUGCAUGGUACGACGAUAUGGACACAACGGUCCUGAGGCAAUUAGCACUGGAAGAGCAAAAGGCCUAUGCAGAUCGCAUUCUAAAGGUCUUUGAUAUACCUUACUCCAUAUUUUCCACGCUCAAGAUGACCUUCUACAACUUGACUAGAGGAGAAGAACUCAGGAAUGUUCAGAAACAUUUGAGAAAUGACGUUCCAUGCCUGACCAACCCGAAGCCUGAACUUCCGUUGCUAGGUCAGGAUUUUGUGGUGAAGUACAGCAUGAUGCAUGGACAGAAUUCAAAGGAAUGGAAAUUUCUCUGUUUGCUCUGUGGCCGAAAUCUGGGAACAAAGGAGAGCACUGCCCACGUGCUCAGUUAUGAACAUGCCAAGAAUUUCCUGGAAAAAGCCCACUGUGGCUCAUUGGAUUGCAGUGAUGUAAGUAGAGAAACAUUACUGGAUCUUGCAGAGCAAGCAGCAGAAAGACACCCAGUAUCAGAAAUGCAGACUCUAUUGCUUGACGAACCUCUCUUUGAUUCGAAAGAAUAUUUAAAGGCUGUUGAAAUACUCCAACGUGUGAAGCGGAGACAGAGUAACUGUGAGCUCAUCCCUGUGCUGGCAGCUGGAAAGAGACUUGUCCCAAAUGAAGUGCUCCAGGAGAUAGGCCAUGGACAUGCAAAAGAGGAGCCUCAAGCAGAGAGUGAGAAGUGGACCACUAAGGGUGGGCAACCUGCUGUGAACAAACUCCACAGCAUAAGCUACACCCCUCCAAAGCGCAUCGCCCCCAAAACUGAACCCAACAUACCUGCAGAGACUAAUGGUGGUCCAACCGGCGGGGCGACCAAAGAAAUGAAAGUGACCAAAGAGAGGGUUAGUACAGAAGCCCCUGAAACCUCCUCCAAAAGCCCUGUUAAAUCGCAACCCGAAACAAGAAUGGGAGUGGACUCUCAUCCUGGAAAGAAAAUCAAAGAGGAACCAAAAACGAGAGACGAGGUUGAGACCGUAUCCUCGGUAGUGGCGACCAAUGAAAUGCAAGUGACGAAAAAGAGGGGUAGAACAGCAACCCCUGAAACCUCCUCAAAAGGCCCUGUUAAAUCGCAAUCCGAAACAAGCAUGGAACUGGACGCUCAUCCUGGAAAGAAAGUCAAAGAGGAACCAAAAACGAGAGAAGAGGUUGAGACCGUGCCCUCGGUAGUGGCUUCAGGGCAGCCUGGGACGCCUGUGAACGUUAAACAAGAGCCGGAGAAUGAGGGAGAAGAGGCCAGAGUACAGGUGUGGACCGAAAGCUCAACACAAAUGUGCACCGCAGAAAGCAUGGAAGAGACAGCCAUGUCGAGAAAGAGGAAGGCUCGAGGAAGUAGUGAGGAGGCUGGAAGCCAACGACUGCGACUCUGCCUUGUGGAUGUAUCAAAAACAACAGCAAAUCCCUCUGGACAUCUGACCGGAGUGGAUGAUAGGAAUGCCACAGAAAAGGCCUUGUUGGAAGAUGUCAAACCAGCUAGAGCUCAACUAGAUAAAGUUCUCGCUAGCCCUCCUGCAAUUCCUUAUAAAUUGUGGGAUUUUAUCAAGAUGAAGGAUCGUGAGCCAGUGAUUGGUUUACAUGCACUCUUUGAAUGCCAUUGUGAACCAUACGCUCCAAUCUACCUUUGCAAAAGCUGCUGCGUGAAAGUCCAUGAGAAAGACAUCCUUGGACAUAUCACUGGAAUGAAACACCGAAUGCGGUAUCUGAAAUUGCAAUCCAUAAAUGUGAAACGACAGCAGUUGGCCGUCAGAAUAGCUGCAGCUGAACAGGAACGACGGGCUGGAUUUGGAGAAGCUCAGGUUGUUGAGCUCACUCCAGAGCAGUAUGGUGAAAUUUCAAAACAAAGCUAUGAUUUGGGCCUGCUGUUAUGUCAGAACACAAUGCAGAGAUCUCCUCCCGCCCCAAAGGUGUUGACAUGCAAACCUGAUGCUGUGAGACCCUCAGCAGCACAAAAGCAAUCUCCAUCUUUGGCCCUAUCGACCUCUUCUUCCUGUGGCACAGGCGAAACUACACACGUAGCCAAUCAAACUAAAGCACAACAAACAGAAUUGAAGGUGGAAUCCUUAUCCACACUGGAAAGUAGGGUAUCGGUGAAGGGGUUAGAUACUGAUAAAAAUAGUCCAAGUACAGAGACAGGCAAAGUGUUUGUGCCCAAAAUUGGAAUCCCUUCAAAAACCAUUGUAGAAAAAUGUAUACCUGCACCCUCCAUCAUAUCCAUGGCCCCAUCUAUUUGUUUAUUAUCCUCCAAAACCAGGGUCACAUUUGCAAAACCUCUUGAAACCUCUCCCAAGUCGAGUCCAUCCAUCAAAAAUGCGUUGACGCCUGUCUCAAAAGUGGUCCGCUUCUUUGAAUCUGCCAAAUUCCUCGGACCUGCGACCUCAUCCGAAAUUGAAGCGCAGACUAAAGGGCGAACAACCCAUGACUCACAAUCGCUGCCGGAAACAAAACAGCCAUCUUUAUCUGUGGCCCUCAUGCCUACUUCUAACACUGCUCCCCUUGCGAGUGACUCAGGCAAAACUACAUUCUUCCCCCCUAAACCUAAAGCGCAAAAAACUGGAUUGCCCGAGAACAAAGCAACCUCUUCCCCCACCCUCAACAGUGGUGCAACCUUCAAGGUCUCGCGCACUGAUGCAAACACUCAAAUCACAGUGACUUCCAGAUCGGUUGUGCCAGAAAUUGGGAUCCCUGCAAAAACCCUUGUUGAAGAAUUCAUAGCUGCACCCUUCUUUAAACCCGUUGCCACGGCGCUUUCUAUAUCACCCUCCCAAUCUAGUGUUAAAAAGACAUCUAAAGACGCAGCUCCCGCUAUGGACCAAGAGCGAACAAACCCAGACGCCAGCAUCAUGUGCAAAAGCACCCCGAUUCCCCACAGUGGUAUUUUUUCCUACCCACAACCUGUCGUGGAAGCUCUGUCCCCCACCAGAUCGCUCCUCUCCAAACCGCCAGGGGAACGAAGUACUGCCAGCACAGAGCAGGGCUUGGGGUCCGCCUCACCGACCACACCAGUCUACAGCCCCUCCACCUUCCCACCAAACCACACAGCGGUGGCCGAUUCCUCCAAGGUCCAAAGGUCAAAAAACCAACCAGUUGUCGGAACGGGCAGCCUUGUCGUGGUAAAAUGUGAAAAGAGGCGCCAGUCCUACUGUCUGCUGUGCUCGGUCCGGCUGAGAAAGGGGGAUCACAUGACCAGCAACAGCCACCGUUAUAAAUAUCUGAAGUUCCAUUCUUUUGCCUGGGAUUUGGACGAGAAGAGGAUGCUGACAGCGGUCACUCACCUGGCUGAUCUAGAGAAGGUGCAAGGGACUGUCGUCAAGACGUUGGUGGUGAAUGGUGAGAUUUACAACCGUCUGGGAACUAUUUCUGAAGAAAAAGCUCUAGCUAAAGUGAGGGAACUGUUGGAAUCCCAGAGUCUCUCAUCCACCAAAGCCAAAGCAGAAGGCCUCCAAUGUGUCUCAGUUUCCCACGCAGCGUCAAGCUCAGCUGAUGUAGAGGAGAGCAACGAGGUCCCUCGUCCUAUGGCCGCUGGCUCACCGACACAAGCACUUCCCUCGCUCCCCCGGGCAUUAGAAGAACCCAAGAUGCACAUCACACAGCCCGACCCUGCCCCACGUAGGGAACCCAGUCCCCAGGGACCAGUGGGCCGUCCAACGGCAGAACUGGACCACCGGCCUUCAGCUAACUCCAAACACAAUGGAGAGAGCAUACCGCAGAUGGAGCAAAAAGUAGAGGAGAGCAACGAGGUCCCUCGUCCUAUGGCCGCUGGCUCACCGACACAAGCACUUCCCUCGCUCCCCCGGGCAUUAGAAGAACCCAAGAUGCACAUCACACAGCCCGACCCUGCCCCACGUAGGGAACCCAGUCCCCAGGGACCAGUGGGCCGUCCAACGGCAGAACUGGACCACCGGCCUUCAGCUAACUCCAAACACAAUGGAGAGAGCAUACCGCAGAUGGAGCAAAAAGUAGAGGAGAGCAACGAGGUCCCUCGUCCUAUGGCCGCUGGCUCACCGACACAAGCACUUCCCUCGCUCCCCCGGGCAUUAGAAGAACCCAAGAUGCACAUCACACAGCCCAACCCUGCCCCACGUAGGGAACCCAGUCCCCAGGGACCAGUGGGCCGUCCAACGGCAGAACUGGACCACCGGCCUUCAGCUAACUCCAAACACAAUGGAGAGAGCAUACCGCAGAUGGAGCUAAAAGUAGAGGAGAGCAACGAGGUCCCUCGUCCUAUGGCCGCUGGCUCACCGACACAAGCACUUCCCUCGCUCCCCCGGGCAUUAGAAGAACCCAAGAUGCACAUCACACAGCCCAACCCUGCCCCACGUAGGGAACCCAGUCCCCAGGGACCAGUGGGCCGUCCAACGGCAGAACUGGACCACCGGCCUUCAGCUAACUCCAAACACAAUGGAGAGAGCAUACCGCAGAUGGAGCAAAAAGGAGAGAAGAUUCUGGGGCCAAGCGAUUUGUCCACCUUUCUGAUGGUCCACUGCAGCAAAGAACCAAUCAUCGGUCUGGCCUUGGUGUUUGAGUGUCGUGCGCUCUUCGAGGAGACGUUCUACCUGUGUGGAAGCUGCAUGAAGACAUUCCCCAUCAAGCUCAUAUGUAAACACAUAGUGAGCGCCCAACACCAGCACACAUACAUGUUGAAGGAAUACCCCCAUUUCAUGAGCUGGUGGGAUCAGGACUUUUCUCCAGAGGAGAAGGAGGGGCUGCUGACGGACAUCUCCUGGAAGAUCUCUGAAAAGGAGGGCUAUGACCAAAUGGACGCCCAGGUUAUAAUGCUGCGCAAAGACUGCUAUGAUUACAUUCGGCAGGCUUCUUUCAUCGAAGCCCUGGACACGCUACAGAACAUCAGCAGAGAGAAGAGGCCGAACCGUCUGUCUGGAUAUUCAACACAACUCGGCCCGCAGACUCCAGAGACCCCUUCCACCAGAGAGUCAAUGGAGUCCAACACAAGAGAGAAGGACGGCCCCCCUUUCCCCAUGUACAGUGUCCCCCAAGACAUUGUAAAUGGUUGCCCAACUCUGCCAGUGAUCGGGAUCUGUGCCAUAGUCGAGUGCAGCUGUGAGGGGCACACUCCCUUCUACCUGUGUUUGGCCUGUGGCAACCGUCUGAGCCAAGACCUGGUGCUCCCUCAUGUCAAGGGCCAAAGACACAUCCAGGAGUAUCUGAGUGAGCGGUAUCCCCGGGCGGACGGGCUCGGAGUGGAGCCCGCCCAGCUCCUGCAGCCGGCCAGAGGGCUGGAGGAGCUGAACCUGGACGAUCCCAGCACCAUGCAGAGGAUAGCCCUGCCCAAGGAGGACUUCAUCAGGAUCCGAACCAUGACCUUUGACCCAGCUCUGUCCAGUCUCAUGACCAUCUGUGAGAACCAGAGGCCGUUGGAGAUCCCGACCCGCGUGACUAGCAGACCCCAACCUGCAGUGAAGCGCCACUUUGAGGUCGGUUGGACCGAUGCAGAUAAGGUGAAGCGUCAGCGACCGCCGAGCCCCCCCGCUGACCGCGUGACGCAGACGCUGUUUCCAGUCUCUUGUCCUCCCAGCCCAUUCGGGAGCAAUACUCCAGCAGCUACUGUACCACUCGUGUCCCUGACCCAUGAACCCAAAAUGGGACCAGUCCCCAGUUUCUCGAAAGACGAGACGAAACAUGCAGUUAACCAUGACCCUGGGUCCAAGGUGUCCCUAAGUAUUGAGCAUUAUAGAUAUGAAGAGUCUCCAAAAGUCACCAUCUCUUACUACCCAGUUCAACCCCCAGUUCUGAGCUCUGUGCCGCCUGCCUCCAACCCCCAUGCUGAGAUCACUGCUGAGGCACUGCUUCCCCAGGAGGACCUCGACUUUCAGGGGAACUUGAGGCGAGAACAUGUCCAAACAGGGACUUAUUUCAGUUCCAGGCUGCAACAAAUCAGAAAAGGACAUAACCGAAGGCUGCUUCAGUUACUAACGGCACCUUCCAGCUCUCCCCCUAUUGUGAGCACUGAGCCAUCAGCUGCUAACCUCGGCACAACGGCCUGCAGUGGCCGAUCAGCAAGCACCCAAAACAACAGCCAUACUCACAACGUCACAGAGGAGACGCCAGGCAUCCCUGGUUCUCAGGGCUACAGCACAGGACAGCCCGGCUACCCAACCACCCCGUACCAUGCCAGCGGUUAUUUGAGCCACCACCAACCCCCCCCCAUGCCUACGGUGGCUGACCCGCCCCGCUACCCUACACAUAUGAACCACGUUCCCAACCAGGGUCUUCAGCAGCAACACUAUGCUCAUUACGUCUUGCCAAACCAGGCCCAGAGUAUCGCCAUGGCAAGGGGACUACCCCAAUACUGGCCGAGCGUCACCCCAGCUACGGCCUGGUCACACGGAGCGACGGCUCCAUCCUAUCACGGCGCAGCGUUCUCCGAAAGUGCUGCCAGCUAUUCACAAGAGUUGCCAAACGCAUUCAGAAACAACACGGCCAUGUCUGACCCCGGGUACCCCCCACCUCAGGGUACCCCCAACCUGCUGAACCUCCAGGGCUUUCAGGCCACCACACACUAUGGUACAUCCGCUACUGCCGCCGGAGUGGUGGGCGCUGAGGGUCACCCUCAAGGCACGGUUGACUUUCACUUCUCCAACAGCGCUGGCAAUGGGAACAGCUAACAAGCCCAGUGUUCUCCUGUUGCUUCUGUUUGUUAUUUUACUUACAAGAUUGUUGACAGCGCUUCCCACACGAUAUCUUGUUGUUCAGCAAUCAACGUUGCAUCAACAUUAUACAUUUUAUUGAUGGUUGUUCUUAGUUUUGGUUCAGUGAAUCUUGAAAUGAAGUACGUUUUUUUAACUUGAGUUACAAAAGGCUUUAAAAUGUUCUUGAAGCAAACUGUAUUUGUAUGUGUUUGAAUAGAUUUUGUUGGUUGAUAAAUAUUUUUUU